UGAUUUCAAGAACAUAUGGCCAGAGUUUCAUUUAAUGUAAUGGCUCGGGUCGAUGAUGGACAAUUUUGGAGGGGAUUGACAGCAUUAUGUAACAAUUCCGAUGGAAAAGAAUUCCCUCGGACACGAUGAAGGCAUACCGCGCAACGAAAGGAGGGAUCCAGGUGGAGGUUCCAAAGUCCAAACGCCGGAUAUAGCGUGAUGGGUCCUCAUCGAAUGAUUGAUCGACAUUUGAUCAAAUCUAGCCCUAAUCCGUGUUGAACUCUGAAUCCUCGAGGUGCUUGGGCCGCCGUAAGGACCGAGAGAGUCGACUUGCAUGAGCCACUGAUCCUGUUUAACACAGACACCCGGUCGUCCGGCAGGUCAAAAAAACCUCUUUGACAGCCGGAUGUGGAAAUUUGGGAAGACCGUUGGAGACGUUCCAACGCCCAAAAGUUCCCCACUAUUGCCCAAAUAAUCGAAUGAUCGUAACGAUCGGACUGACGAGGGGGGAAUGACAGGUGCCAGCCGUUGCUUGCUGACCCCGGACCCUGUAGGUUUCAGGCUCAUUCAAACCAGCCUCAAAUUUGAGCUCACCGGCGAUCCCCCUCAACCACCGUAUAAGCAGAGUUAUUCGUCCAUUUGGCCCUGAAAAUUCGCCACGAAUAAUGCUUUCAUCGAUCUUUUUUGGGGUGAUCCAUCACAAAUUGAGUUCCACCGAUCCACGGUCUGUGUUCAAUUUAGAUUGCACCUACCUGAGAUUGGACCCAGUUGGGACCGCCGUUGAUUUUACGUUAAGGAAAUCAUGCCAUAUAUCUACAGGGAUGGAGGGCCUCUGUCGGAUCAGUUCUUUGCUCGGCCUAAGCGCUCAAUUUCCUUCAUGCUGACUCGUGCUUAUUCUCAAUCUACCAUUCACAUACCAGAAUGCCCGGGGGAAUCCGUCCGCCGCUCUCGGUCAUUGAAUCCUGGCCACCUGCAAAUACCGUCAAUCCCGAAUCUCAUGGACCGGCAGCCAUCGUAGUGCCGGCCGUUCUCGGUGGCAUUGCCUUCAUCCUGAUCUGUGUCCGACUAUGGGCUCGCUGUGUAAUUCAAAGAUCAGGAGGAUUGGAUGAUAUCCUGAUCGCAUUGAGUCUUGUGAGUCGAAGCUUUUCCCAUUCCAAUUCAUGCUGGGGCAAUCACUAAGUGAGAUUGAAAAGAUCCCUACUAUAGGACUGAUCGUUACCAUCCCCCUUGGAGCCUACAAAUAUGGUCAAAACUACCACGUGUGGGACAACCCGCUACCGAUAUUGAUCAGCGAGCGCAAACUCGCAAUCGCCAGCGAGAUAUUCUAUGUAUUAUCCUCCAGUCUUAUCAAGAUAUCGGUGCUGCUUUUCUACCGUCGCAUGGGCGAGCGCACCGUUACCCCCCGCUUUAUCAUGAUCAUCUGGAUCAGUAUAGCAUCCGUCAUCGCUUACAGCGUCGCCUUUUUCGUCGUCAUAUUCGUCUCAUGUCGCCCCUUCAAGGCCUUCUGGCUCCAAGUCGAUCCUGUCUGGUCCCAGACCAAUUCUUGGACCUGUUACGAUGAAGCCGCCCACCUUUUCGCCGCCACGGGAAUCAGUCUCGUUCAGGACAUCAUCGCAACCAGUCUACCGGCAUGGCUUUGCUGGAAACUCCAACUCCCUCUACGCCAGAAGAUCGCACUGAACGCCAUCUUCGCGGCCGGCUACCUUGCGGCAGUCAUCGCCGGCAUCCGCAUAUACUUCGUCUGGAGGCUGUUUUACGCCACCUACGACGCCUCGUGGGAGGUCUGGUACUGCUGGCUCUUUGCCCUCCUCGAGGUGCUCAUCGCGGCUAUUUGCUCAAGUCUGCCCACCGUCAAGGUUUUCCUGCGGUGGUACGAUAUGCCGUCGAGUCUUGCCGGCGUGGUGCGCUCCCUCAAGAACUCGCAUUCUCACGGCAGUCGAAACAAACACUCUGUCUCUUCUGCUCGGCCGGAGCACUGGCACUCCGGUGACGACACGGACAAAUAUCCUUUGACUGAAUACGAAAUAUACAGCGGGUCGGAUUUCAAGUCUUCUCCUGGGAGUUGGAGGGAUCCGAAGUCGACGUCGCCUAUGGAGUUAUCGGUCGAUUCUCAAACGGCGACUUCUCAUGUUUAGAUUAGAGGUUGGACCUGUAUAAAUAAUUUUAUAAACCUAGAUUUGUUAACAUAGUGCAUUAGAUUCGUGAAGAACGUCGUUGAUUUUGCUUAUAUUGAAAGAUAUCCCGCGGAAGUU